ACCAAGCAUUACCACACAGAUCCUAGGAGGUCCGUUGAUAUUUAGGGAAUUUUGAAACCCAGACAAGUCCAGCCAGUACUCUCGGGGAUUGAUUUCGUCCAGUUUGACUAGUCUUUGGUGUAACUAGUCUGGCUGGCCCCGGGAUCGAUCUGGCGGGAUUCGCGGAGUGCUCAUGCCGCGAGGCUUCACUGCAAAGAAACAGAGUGCGAAUAGUCAAACCGGCCGCCAGGAGUCUCUCUCUUCUGCCUCUGGAAGGAGAGUUAGCAAGCAAAAGUCGAAUGGCCAUCUGAACGCGAGCCCAAAUGGCACCUCGCCGCUCCCUUCUCCUCCCGUGCCGAGCACGGCUCUGGCGCAGAACAUCUCUGCGCAGCACGCGUCGGACCGGGAUGGGAAUGGGCGAGCGGCGGGAACCAUGGCGGCGAGCAACGGAAGACCUGCUGCAGGACGGACAUAUUCGGAUGGACAGGUCAACUCGGACGUGUAUCAGAAUGGCCCCGGCGCCAAUGGUUUGGAUGAGCAGAGUCACCGUCGAAUCGAUGUCAACGCAAGCAAGGCAGCAACCGGUUACGAAACGAGCUUUCUCUAUCGUGUGUCGACAAUACUGAGGUCCUGCCCGCUUGGAGACACUAUUGCCAUCUUGAUUAUUCUCCUUCAGCUUCCGCCUACCUUCCUCACCAUUACCCACUUUCUCUUUACGACCCUGACAUUUGUCCCGCCUUCUGGAGUCUCAAUCUCGUCAAUUCCUUCACUCAAAGAGAUUUUCCAGGGCUCCGGUGGGACGCCAUCACUCGCCACGACCGUUAUCGCCGAUGUUGUCUUCCUCAUCUUCUGGCUCUUUCUCUGGGCUCCUGCUCAGAACGUGGCUUUGGAUCUUGCGCAGGUCGUCAUGGCAAUAUCACUGGGUGGAGGAUACACGGGCAACAGCGGAGGCUCGAAUAGUGCAAUCAUGUGUUUUGCCAUAAUCGGUGCCUCUCAUUUGCUCCGUCGCAAAUCGUUGCGUCAGUAUGGGCUCAGCUUUAUUUGGUCGAUCGCGUCUGGAAGUGAAAUCUUGCCUCUGAGAGCGUUUCCUGCACCGGUGGAACCCCCCGACACAACAAAGACGACAAAUGGCUGGAUUCGUAGCAUCUUGGCCGUCCAUAUCCUGACCCAGGGCGUGGUUCGAAUGGUUCGACGUUGGAUCUCUCGACGGGAAAUGCAUCACCAUCAUAAUAAUCAACAACCAAGCGUACCAGCAUCCAAGAAACGAGGCGAUCCAGAGGCGGCCGUUGCCUCACAAGCACAAUCAACAAACUCAACGUCGACCGAUUCUGGGCCAGAUGCGCCGACCGCUCCAAGUCUUGAUGGGCAAUCGGUCGGACCGGCGGCAGUGACAAAGGAUCCCAAGGAGAAAAUUUCGAGCGGAAAGAAAAAGCGAAAACAGGCAACACAUGUGAGAAGUCAGCAGCCGUUUUGGGCGGCUCUGGCGAGUACAAAAGUUAUUGUUAUGAAAGAGUAUGAACAGUCGCAGGCUGCAGCGGAGGCGGCAGGUUCCAAAGCUACCGAUGUGAAUAAUCUUGGUAGUGCACCGUUUGAUGAGGAAGGCGGGCGUGUCUGGGUGACACAGGUUGGAUCUACAGAAAUAUAUUUCCACACAAGCGCUUUCCCUCCGGGAGAGCAAAGUGCAAUCGAUUACAAGGAUGGAUGCCAAAAGUCGGGCAGUCGGGUGGAUAAGUCCAAGCCAUUUUACGUGCGGCUGAAUGGGGCAGAUUGGACGUCGACGAAGAUUACCAAGUGUGAGGCAGGCAAGGACGGAUUGGAGGAUCAAUGGGUAGGAGAAAUUUUUGGGUUGACAGCGUUGACGAGCUAUUGCUGCGAAUUUGUUCGGAGUGAGGAUGACGUUGUGAUAUUCUCAUCCAGUAUCACGACGCAUCCUCCUUCGCUGGAGCAGGCAUCCACGGCUACGCCUCCUCCUCCACAUCAAACGCUUCGUCCUUCGUCUCCGACUACGACGCUACGUAAUUCCAUUUCUGCCGCGGAAUCGAAGCUGAUCGAGGUGCGCUCGCGCACGAAACGCGUUCGGAAGGAACACAAGACUGCUCUUACGGCGCUUAAAAAGGAAGUCGAUAAUUUUGGUUCUCGCCUCAGCUCCGCAGGAAGUGGUGACGAUCGCCAACGCCAGCGUGUUCUACAAAUCACCCAGCAUAUUCGCCAGGCCGAAGAGUCGGCCUCUAACAUGGGGCCCGAAAUCGAGGAGAUGGGAAAUAUACCGGAGGACGACAUCCAGGAAUGGCGCGCGACAAAGAAGAGCAUUGCAAAGGAAAAGGAUGCUUCGGAAGCAUUACGGGAGGAGUUCAACGAGACCAAGGAGCAAGCAGAUCGCAAAGUGUCCUCUGUGCAGUCUGAAGCAAGCUCUUCAAAUCAGAAACGCGAGCGCCUCCUGGCACGUCAGGCCAAACUCAACGAACAGCACAACCGGAUGGUCUCUGUCAAUGCUCAAGCCCAGGAGGAAAAGGACCGCCGAGCUAGUGAGCUUGCGACCAAGGAUGCCGAGCGCCAACAAACAGAAGUCAGCUAUCUCGAACAACUGGCUCUGUUUGGCCGCCAGACGCAGGAGAUCAACUCCAAGAGUCAACAGGCAUGGCAACGCAUUCAUCGGCUCGAGCUGGCUUAUUCGCACCAACAAGCCCAGCUCCAGCAAAAGAUGAUGGCAGCGCAGGCAGCUAACCCCGCAGUGGCUGCGGCAGUCUCUGAGGCUGCAGGUGCCACGCUUGGCCCUGGAGCUGCUACCAGCAUGGCUGGCCCCAUUGCCCCCGGUGGCCCUUUGGCUGGCUCUAAUCUCACUGCCGCCUCAGCCAUGCCCGCGCAACAGCCUGGUUACGCUUUUCCCUUUUCUGCUUUUGGUCCACCCGGUCAGCACGCUUCUGGGGUUGUUCCUCCAGCGGCCGGCGCCGCCGCUGCGCCCAAGCUUGAAAUUCCUUCCUUUACUGCUGCCGCUCCCUUUUCCCGCGACGCUCGAGAGAGCAUUGGAAAUGGCAAUGGCAAUGGCAAUGGCACCGGCGCCACCGUCAACAAGGCCGGCCGCGCUCGAUCUGGAUCCACAAAGAGCAACUUCACCGACUUUUCCGACACUGCCGAGAAUAGUUUUCUUCCAGGACAAGCCUAUCGCUUGUCUGGAGAAAGCCAAGCACCUCUCCCCGUUUCCGCCACCGAGUUUCUUGACCGCGAGAGAAUGGUGAAAAAGAGCAGCAGCCCCAGCAAUCGAGGCAGUAGUGCCAGUGGAAGCGUCGGCGGAGGCAGCCAGCGAGAUCCGUCUAGUCCUUUUGUCAGACAUUCCAGCCCUGCCGCCAACAAAACCACCACUCCCACUACCACCACCACUACCACUUCUGGACCCGGUGUCAUUGGCAGUGGCAGUCCUGCUUGGCGGUGACGAAAUAGUACUUCACUUUCAUUUUUCUUCACUCGCGCGUUGGACCGAUACUCGGAGCAAGCAGGCUUCAUGGCAGAUAGAUGGUGAUUGCUGCGGACUGUGAAAUCAUUUUGGCGUAGCAACUAGUGGAGUGCAGGGGGUUGUUGUCACGCAAAGUUUAGAAAAGAAAAAGUUGUCUUGUCUGUAAGGUAGCGGAAUGAGCGAAUAGCGGAAUUAGUUGAAAUGCAAGAUUUGCAGUCAUCCUUGCUUUGAUGAUUGCAUCUAUCAUUCUUUUGACUCAUUUUCUGUGCUGUGUGCAUCGUAUAUAUUGACUACUCACAUUUUCCCAUCCAUCUCCGUCAUCGUAG